AUGGCUGACUCCGCAGUUCCUAAUGGAGUCCACUCCAAUGACACAGCUCCGGUUGCGCAGUCCGGGUCCGACCGCUUCGAACUCAUCUCCGGUCCUUUAAUCAACCUCAAGAACAUGCAUUAUGAUUCCGCCGCCCUGUGGAUCGGAAGUGUCUUGAUCGUCACCAAGCCCGGUCAGGAUCAACCACAGCUACACUUACACCAACUGGGUCCCAUCUCCGAGGGUCAUUCCCAAUCCCAGUCCCAAGCAAACCAAACCAUCGACGGUCUCAAGCUCUACGAAGAUCCCCACAAGGCCUUUUGGCGAUUCUCAUUGGAAGUACCGGUCGAGUCUUACGAGGCGCGCUGGGAAUAUGAGAUCCCAGGAUUAUACAAUGAAUCAGGCGAGCAGGUCAAUAGCCCCUGGAAUUUUGUUGUUCCCGCAGAGGAGCAAUCCAUGCGCAUCAUGUUCCACUCGUGCAAUGGGUUCUCCGUUGGAACUGAUAUGGAAGCUUGGGUCGGACCUAAUCUCUGGAAUGAUGCUUUGCGCGUUCACGGAGAAAAGCCUUUCCAUGUUAUGGUUGGUGGUGGUGACCAGAUCUAUAAUGAUGGGAUCCGAGUUGAUGGUCCCUUGAAACCGUGGACUGCUAUUGGGAACCCGCACAAGCGCCGAACCCAUGAUUUCAAUAACCAGAUGCGCGCCGACUGUGACGAUUACUACUAUGCUAAUUAUGUUCGCUGGUACAACACCGAGCCUUUCCGAGCUGCCAAUGGUCGUAUCCCUCAGGUGAAUAUCUGGGACGAUCACGAUAUCAUUGAUGGAUUUGGAUCGUACACGGAUCAUUUCAUGAAGUGUGCCGUCUUCCGUGGUAUUGGCGGUGUCGCGUUUAAGUACUACUGCUUGUUCCAGCAUCACAUUGCUCCUCCCAAGUCGACUUUCACCACUGAUGCGCCCCAGACUAUGCACGCUGUUAAUGGCACAUCUGGUGUGGACCCACGCCAGGUGGAGGACACUUACGUCUUGGAGAACCAGGUUGAGGAUGACAGCUGGAUCAUCGGUAAGCGUCCAGGUCCCUAUGUGGAGGAACGCAGCCGUAGUCUGUACAUGCGGUUCGGAAAGCGCAUUGCGUUUGUGGGACUGGAUGCCCGCACAGAGCGCACCCGGCACCAGGUGAACUACGAGGAUACCUAUGACAUCAUCUUCCAGCGACUGGAGGAGGAGAUCGCUGCGGCCGACGGGGAUAUCAAGCAUUUGGUUGUUCUGCUCGGUGUUCCGAUCGCAUACCCGCGUCUGGCAUGGUUGGAGAACAUUCUCACAUCGCCUAUCAUCGCCCCGAUUCGUCUUCUGAAUAAGCGAUUCGGUGUCGCGGGGGGGUCUAUUCAACGAGUUGACUUGCUGGAUGAUCUGGACGAUCAUUACACCGCCCGUCAACACAAGCGCGAGCGAAAGAUGCUUAUCCAGCGUCUUCAAGAGCUUGCCCGCGCCAACUCGGUUCGUGUGACGAUCCUCGGUGGUGAUGUCCACUUGGCAGCCAUCGGACGAUUCUACUCUCACUCUAAAUUAAAUCUGGCUGGAGAGAAUGACCAUCGGUACAUUGUCAACGUGAUCAGUAGUGCCAUCACCAACAAGCCUCCUCCCAAGGCUGUAGCUAACCUGCUGGCUCGCCGGAACAAGAUUCAUCAUCUGGACCGCACCUGUGAUGAAACCUUGAUGAAGAUGUUUGAUGAGCAACCCGGAGGCCAGGAGAAGAGUGCGACAUGGAAUAAGGUUACCAUGCCAUCUCGUAACUUUGCGAUCCUGACCGAGGUUGAAGCCCCGGCUGCCAACGGCACAGCUGUCGAGGUUGAGAGUGCCAAACUGGAGCACCUACCCAAGGAUGGUCACUCGCCUCUUCACAAGGGUGAGGUUGGUGCUGGUACCAAGCACAAGGCCGCCGAUGGGUUCAGUUUGAGUAGUAUGUAUGGUGGAUUGGAUGUGUCUAUUCGAGUGGAGAUCGAUCCCCACGACCGGAAGGGAACUACCGAGGGUUAUGGAUUCAGCAGUAAGUACCCCGAACUCUACACUCUGCGGAAUAAAUUUAGUCCAAUCGCUAACAUGAUUAUAGUUCCUCCAUUGGCAGCUACUGCGCCACCUCCAUCUUCCCGACACAGUCUUCGCUCUCGGAUCUCGCGUCAAGAUAUUCGCCAGGAUGCGCAAGGCCAUUCUAGACGUCCGUCAACUGCCCAAUAA